AGAGCGGUUGUACACGGAGAAUGAACCGGAGAUUUUUUAUUCGAACUUGGGAAGAACGGGGUUAAACCGUUGAAGUUUUUGGAAAAGUAACAGAUUCGAUCUUUGCUUAUUUUGUUGUAAAGACAUCCAUCAACGACAUCUUAUCUUUAUCGUCAUGGCGACAAAGACUUCUACCGCCAUAGAGCAAGUCUUACCUAGUAUUCCGCCAAGUGUUGCUACAACACCUGCUCCAUCGAUACAUGGCUCAAUAGCUGCAUCAGAGUUUCCGUUGGUGCCGAUCGGAAGAAGCAGAGAAGGUAGCACAGAACGACAUGAUGGCUCAGACGAAGAAAGAGGAGAUACAACAGAAUCACAAUCUGUUAGCCGAGUGCAAAGUAGGAGAAAUAGUGAAGUGUUAGCAUCCGAUCUUGCUCCCGUUGAUGGUGGAAGACAGGCUUGGACAUUCUUGGCAGGUUGUUUCGUAUUGGAAGCAGUCAUUUUUGGUUAUGCAUAUUCUUCUGGUGCUUAUCAAGAUUAUCAUUUACACGAUCCCAGAUCACCAAUGUAUGGUCAACCAGCAGCGGCUAUUUCAGCAAUCGGUACUCUCGUUAUCGGAACGCAAUGUUUCGUGCCAAUCUUGAUUCGUGGUUUCGUACGAACGUUUCCUCAUUUGAUCAGAAGGGUUACAUUGAUCUGUAUCGGUAUCGGUGUUUGCUCUUUGCUCAUUUGUAGCUUUCUUACAAAUGUGAUUCCGAUGUUAAUCUUUCAAUCAAUCUAUGGAUUCUCGACUGGAAUUGUCUUCACGCCUGUGAUUCUUUAUCUCAAUGAAUGGUGGAAUGCGAGAAGAGGAUUGGCAACAGGAAUUAUCUUUGCUGGAUCAGGAAUUGGCGGUGUCUUUUUCCCAAUCACAAUCAAUGCAAUGCUGGAUAAGAUUGGUUUCCCUUGGACGAUUCGAAUUAUGGCACUAAUGACACUGAUAUUUUCCACUGGUGCAACAUUAUGUCUUAAACCAAGAUUACCCGUCCCAACUGUUGGAAGGCACUCUUUGCGAUCGUUUGACAGAUCUUUGUUGAAAGCGCUUUUGCCUGGUGAUUUACGUCCAAUGCUGGCACCUUUGGCAGGCUUGAACGAGAUGGCAUUCUUUGUACAAUCGUGUGGUUGGUAUACAAUCUCAUUGUAUAUUUCUACCUAUUGUACCUCUUUGGGUUUCAGCUCAUCUACUGCAACGGGCAUUUUGAGUGCUUUCAACGCAGCGGCCACAGUUGGCUACCUCAUCCUUGGUCCUUUGAACGAUAAAUUCGUUUAUACCAAAGUGAUGUGCGCUUCGAUGUUAAUCUGUUCACUUUCCGCAUUUCUGUUGUUGGGUUUCUCCCGUUCAUUACCAAUGGUGAUCCUUUUCGUUUUGACAUUUGGCGUUGGAGGAGGUGGAUUUACGACAUUCUUUUCUUCUGUUGCUCGAGAUAUUGCUGCUUUCUCCAAUCAAGAUUCUUCAACGAUCUUUUUGGGUUUGGUUUUCCUACGUGGAACGGCAAGUGUUAUUGGUCCUUUGGUCGGUGCAAGUUUGUAUAAAGAUGCAGGAAAAGAAACGAAUGAUUUCAGUAUUUAUGGCACUCGUGGUUUCCGUGGUGUAGUGAUUUAUGUUGGCACGACGAUGUUGAUUGGAUCAAUUUUAGCAAUCGUUGCUACAUGGCAAAGGAAGAAAGAUCUUGGUAGAGCAGGUGAUGCUGUUCGAGAAAGAUGGCAAUCUCAAUGAAGAGGAAAUGUACAAUUUGUAUUUUAGACAUUUAGUAUAUAUAUAAUCAAUGCAUGAUAGAAUGACAACCUUUUCCAGAAUAUAUA